AUGCAAAACGAAGCGGUAGCUAUCGUGAUCGACAAUGGAUCAGGAAUCUGCAAGGCUGGAUUUGCUGGGGAACAUGCUCCAAGAGUUGUUUUUCCGUCGAUUGUCGGCAGACGUUGCCGUCAACGUCUAUUGGCGAAAACGUUAGAAAAAGACACAUAUAUAGGAAAUGAGACACAAUCUAAAAAAGGUAUUCUCGACAUUAGCUAUCCAAUUAAGCAUGGCAUAAUCGAAAAUUGGGAAGAUAUGGAAAAAAUUUGGCAUUACAUAUUCUAUAAAGAGCUCAAAAUAAAGCCUGAUGAGCACCCAAUCCACCUUACCGAAGCAGCAAUGAAUCCAAAAAGCAACAGACAAAGGUUAACUCAGAUUAUGUUUGAGACCUUCAAUACGCCAGCCAUGUAUGUCAGUCAUCAGAGUGCGCUAUCAUUGUACGCAUCCGGCCGAAGCACAGGUGUUGUACUAGAUUCCGGCGAUGAUGUCACCCACGCAGUACCCUUAUACGAGUUUUCUCAUAAGGAGAUGUGUGUUAGUCGAAAUGAUUGA